AGAGAGAGUGGAGGCUGGCCGAGCAGGGCCCAGGAUAGGAGAGGGUGCAGAGAAGACCUGAGCCCAGAUAGUGUUGGCUGGGUUCUCCAGAGCCUCUCCUGGGUCCUUGGAAUCCUCUCCUCAAAAUGGAUGGGACCCAGGUGAGCCCGGGUACCCACUGUCCCAGGCCCCUUGGCACAGGCUGCCCCACGCUCUGUGCAGACACGCCAGGCCCUCAGCCCCAGCCCAUGGACCUGCGGGUGGGCCAGCGGCCCACAGUGGAGCCCCCACCAGAGCCCACACUACUGGCCCUGCAGCACCCCCAGGGCCUGCACCACCACCUCUUCCUUGCAGGCCUGCAGCGGCAGCACCCAGCAGCAGAGCCAAUGAGGCUCUCCAUAGACACACCGGUGCCCGAGUUGCAGGUGGGGCAGCAGGAACAACAGCUGCGGCAGCUUCUCAAUAAAGACAAGAGCAAGCGAAGCGCCGUGGCCAGCAGUGUGGUCAAGCAGAAGCUGGCAGAGGUGAUUCUGAAGAAACAGCAGGCGGCCCUGGAGAGAACAGUCCACCCCAGUAGCCCUAGCAUUCCCUACAGGACUCUGGAGCCCCUGGAGACCGAAGGGGCCACUCGCUCCAUGCUCAGUAGCUUCCUGCCUCCUGUUCCCAGCCUGCCCAGUGACCCCCCAGAACACUUUCCCCUGCGUAAGACAGUGUCUGAGCCCAACCUGAAGCUGCGCUACAAACCCAAAAAGUCCCUGGAGCGGAGGAAGAAUCCACUGCUCAGAAAGGAGAGUGCCCCCCCCAGUCUCCGGAGACGGCCUACAGAGACCCUGGGAGACUCCUCCCCCAGUAGUAGCAGCACGCCUGCGUCAGGGUGCAGCUCCCCCAAUGACAGCGAGCACGGCCCCAACCCAGUCCUGGGCUCGGAGGCGCUCUUGGGCCAGCGGCUGCGGCUGCAGGAGACCUCUCUGGCCCCGUUCGCCUUGCCGACAGUGUCCUUGCUGCCCGCAAUCACGCUGGGGCUGCCCGCCCCUGCCAGGGCUGACAGUGACCGCAGGACCCAUCCGACUCUGGGCCCUCGAGGGCCGGUCAUGGGGAGCCCCCACGCACCCCUUUUCCUGCCCCAUGGCCUGGAGCCUGAGGCUGGGGGAACUUUGCCCUCUCGUCUGCAGCCCAUUCUCCUCCUGGAUCCCUCAGUCUCUCACACCCCCCUGCUGACUGUGCCCGGGCUUGGGCCCCUGCCCUUCCACUUUGCCCAGUCCUUACUGACUGCUGAGCGGCUCUCUGGGUCAGGCCUCCACCGGCCGCUAAGCCGGACCCGUUCAGAGCCCCUGCCCCCCAGCACCACCGCCCCCCCUCUGCUGGGCCCCCUGCAGCCCCGCCUGGAGCGGCUCAAACCUCACGUCCAGCUGAUCAAGCCAGGCAUCUCCCUUCCCCAGCGGCCAGCCAAGUCGAGUGAGAAGCCCCGGCUGCGGCAGAUACCCUCAGCUGAGGACCUGGAGACCGAUGGCGGGGCAUUGGGGCAGGGGGUGGACGACGGCCUGGAGCACAGGGAGUCGAGCCACGGGCAGCCUGAGGCCAGAGGCCCUAUUCCUCUGCAGCAGCACCAGCAGGUGUUGCUCUGGGAACAGCAGCGAUUGACCGGGCGGCUCCCCCGGGGAAGCACUGGGGAUUCUGUGCUGCUUCCUCUGACCCAGGGUGGACACAGGCCCCUGUCCAGGGCUCAGUCUUCUCCAGCUGCGUCUGCCUCACUGCCAACCUCAGAGCCCACCAGCCAGGCCCGAGUCCUCUCCAGCUCAGACGCCCCUGCCAGGACUCUGCCCUUCACCACAGGGCUGGUCUAUGACUCAGUGAUGCUGAAGCACCAGUGCUCCUGUGGAGACAACAGCAGGCACCCGGAGCACGCUGGCCGCAUCCAAAGCAUCUGGUCCCGGCUGCAGGAGCGGGGACUCCGGAGCCAGUGUGAGUGUCUCCGGGGCCGGAAGGCCUCCCUUGAGGAGCUACAGUCAGUCCACGCUGAACGGCACGUUCUCCUCUAUGGCACCAACCCACUCAGCCGCCUCAAACUGGACAACGGGAAGCUGGCAGGGCUCCUGGCACAGCGGAUGUUUGUGAUGCUGCCCUGUGGAGGGGUUGGGGUGGACACUGACACCAUCUGGAACGAGCUGCAUUCCUCCAAUGCAGCCCGCUGGGCUGCUGGCAGUGUCACCGACCUCGCCUUUAAGGUGGCCUCCCGAGAGCUAAAGAACGGUUUUGCUGUGGUGCGGCCCCCAGGACAUCAUGCAGAUCAUUCCACAGCCAUGGGCUUCUGCUUCUUCAACUCAGUAGCCAUCGCCUGCCGGCAGCUGCAACAACAAGGCAAGGCCAGCAAGAUCCUCAUUGUAGAUUGGGAUGUUCACCAUGGCAAUGGCACCCAGCAGACCUUCUACCAGGACCCCAGCGUGCUCUACAUCUCCCUGCAUCGCCAUGAUGACGGCAACUUCUUCCCGGGCAGUGGGGCUGUGGAUGAGGUGGGGGCUGGCAGCGGUGAGGGCUUCAAUGUCAACGUGGCCUGGGCUGGGGGUCUUGACCCCCCCAUGGGGGAUCCUGAGUACUUGGCUGCCUUCAGGCUGGUUGUGAUGCCCAUUGCCCGAGAGUUCUCUCCGGACCUGGUCCUGGUGUCGGCUGGGUUUGAUGCUGCUGAGGGCCACCCAGCCCCCCUGGGUGGCUACCAUGUUUCUGCCAAAUGUUUUGGGUACAUGACGCAACAGCUGAUGAACCUGGCGGGAGGUGCAGUGGUGCUGGCCUUGGAGGGCGGCCAUGACCUCACAGCCAUCUGUGACGCUUCUGAGGCCUGUGUGGCUGCUCUUCUGGGCAACAAGGUGGAUCCCCUUUCAGAAGAAGGCUGGAAACAGAAACCCAACCUCAGCGCCAUCCGCUCUCUGGAAGCCGUGAUCCAGGUGCACAGUAAAUACUGGGGCUGCAUGCAGCGCCUGGCCUCCUGUCCAGAGUCCUGGGUUCCCAGGGGGCCAGGGGCAGACACAGAAGAAGUGGAGGCAGUAACCGCACUGGCAUCCCUCUCUGUGGGCAUCUUGACUGAGGACAGGCCUUCAGAGCAGCUGGUAGAGGAGGAAGAACCCAUGAAUCUCUAAGGCUUUGGAAUGGAUCUGCCUGCCUGCCUGCCUUGCCCUUUGGACCUGGUCCUCUUCUAACCUCUGCAACAGCCUGUUCCCAGGUCUGUGGAGAUCUGGUGGGCAGUCCACCUGACAGUCACCAGGAACUGAGAAGGCCCUUGGGUCUCAGAGGGAGCCAGAGAGGACCCUCAGUGGAGGCAGGCUGAACAGACCCUUCCUUGAGAACAGACCACUCCUCCCAUGUCCUGGCCCCCUGCUGUGGCCCCCGUUCCUCAGGACUGCACAGAGGAGGACUGAGGACUGGCUCAGUCAAGCCCACCUUAACCACUAUUCUUGGCUCUGCAGGCCCCAGACUUUGCACACAGCCCCAGGCUCCACACAGAAAUGUGAACUUGGCCUCAGCCAGGGCAGCACUUCCUAGGCUCUGCAGGCUGGCCAUGGUGGGGAAAGCCGUGGGGGGGGGGUCCCCAUAUCUUAGGGCAGAGGGGUGUCUCCUCUCACCUGCUUCCUUGGAUGACUGGGAGCUCCCCCGCACCACUGGGCACUGACAUGAAGCACCCUCUGAGAGCAGCUGCCAGCAGACCUCCACCUGGCCCCUGCCCCCCCAGAGGCCCCUUGCCAACCAUCUCAGUGCCUGGCGGAGCAGACAGGUGCUCUCUGAGCCCUGUGCUUCCUGAUCCAAUGGUGCCAAACCCUUCAUCUCCCCCUCAGAAGCAUGCACAGUCCCCAGGGACGCCUUGGCCACUGCCCUUCCCUGAGCCUCCUGUGUCCAGAGCCUCCCCCCAAUACCGACUCCUGCCCCACAUAGGACUAGCUUGGCUGAGGGACAGGGUGGGGAGUACACACAGGACAUGGGAGGGGAGGCCACCCUGGCCACGUCUUCAAGGCUUUGGGGAUUCAGGCCUGGGGCCAAGAAGGAAAGUGUUGUGUGAGUGAGUGUGAGUGAGCGUGCGUGUAUGUACGUCUUCCCCAGGAUCCACCAUACCCUGUAUAUGUAUGCAUGUUUUUGUAAAAAAGAAAAAAAAAAGGAAAAAAAUCUGAACAAUAAAUGUUUUAUUUGCUUUAAAA